AUGUCACCUUUCUUGGAGUCAGCCUCACCUCCUUGUUGGUUCGAUGCAGCCACCGAUCAGGUGGACAUUCUCGUGAACUUUGAACUCCCCUCUGAGGCUGUGAAAGGUGACUCCGAUGUCUCACUUCUCCUGGCUGCAAUAAAAAGGCACCGCAACCCUCGUGACUAUGCCAAGUAUUUGCCUACCAAUGGAAUGGGGAAAAAGUCUCGCAACCGUUUUUUUAAACAACGACACCAAACUGCAGUGAAAAAUCAGUCUGAGGAGCCAGCUACCCUAAGCGUGUCGCGCACCUCUCUUAGGCACCUGCUCGAAUUCCUUCCCGAUAAAGUUUUCCUGGAAGAGGUGUUAAAUCUAGCCUCUGGAAAGGGGGUAGGCUGUGCGUCACCAGUCGUUCAGCUGGGCUCUGUGAAGGUGUCGCGUGCGGCUCCGCUCGCAGUGGCAGGUCGCUACGUCAAGUUGUGCCGCGAUUUACCACAAACCCCCUGGGUUCUUGAUGGAGAACGCAAAUUGGAUUCGUCAGUAGAAGAACUGAUUGCCUCACCGUUGGUCUCCGCGUUUGGACCCGAUACCACCUAUAAUUUCGUCAGCUCGGGGCGCGAGGAUGUUGACGUAAGGUGCUUAGGACUCGGGCGUCCAUUUGUUCUUGAACUGAAUGGUUUCAAUCGAACAUUAUAUUCAAUGCUGAGGACAAAUUCUGCACUUCCCGACGAAAAUGCAGCACUGAAAAAUAGAACUGACGCCGCAAUUUUCGAAGAUGCUAACAAUCUUACUUGGCUUACAGACAUCGUCAAUAAGUCCACAGAUAACCGUGUUUUUGUUCGCGAUUUGCAGAUUGUUCGGGCUGCUGCUGCAAACGCCUCACUAAAGUCUGGCGAAAUUGAAAAAUUGAAGCGCUACCGUGCCGUGUGCUGGUGUUCAGAGGGUGGACUCACCACCGAGCGUGUUCGCCGAAUCGACUCUCAAAUUCGCGCUAUGUCAUGCGACUCUGGGGAAGCUUCAACGCCCUCAAAAGCAGAGUGGCCCCCUACAAAAGUUGCACACCACCCUGAGCUCAAAUGCGACAUGGCAUCUUUAUCUUUAGGAGGAUUUACAAUCAAUCAACUUACUCCUAUCAGAGUUCUCCAUCGACGUGCCUUGAUGUCACGAUCUCGCGAAAUCACUUGGAUUCGUCUCGCAGAUUUUACUAGCAGUGUGCUUUGCGAAAAUGCACCAUUUGCGCUUAAAGAUUUUACGAAGUGGACUGAAGUGUACCCAAAGGAAGAGCUAUUUUUGCUAGAGCUCUGCUGCGAAGCCGGAACUUAUGUCAAGGAAUUGGUCCAUGGCGACUUGGGCCGAACUCAACCCAAUUUGUCUUCUUUACUUGGCUGUCAGGUCGAUCUGCUCGCGCUCGAUGUAAUUGCUGUCGAGCACGACUGGCCUCCACAAAUUUCUCAGCAAAACAAUUAA